AUGACUGGAUGCGGCAAAGGAGGAAAAGGUUUGGGAAAAGGAAGCGCCAAACGUCGUCGUAAAGUGAUCCGGGACAACAUCCAAGGAAUCACCAAGCCGGACAUUCGUCGGUUAGCUCGCCGCGGUGGUGUUAAACGUAUCUCCGGUCUGAUCUACGAAGAGAUCCGCGGAGUUUUGAAAACGUUCCUGGAAAAGGUGAUCUUUGACGCAAUCGCCUACACCGACCACGCCAAUAGAAAGACCGUCACCGCCAUGGACGUGAUCUACGCUUUGAAACGCCAAGGCCGCGCCUUGUACGGUUUCGGAGGUUAA